AUGGCAUCCCAAGGCCAGGUCAUUUUCUGGAGCAUGACUACAGUCAUUGUCAUCCUGGCUGCAGUGACCAUCCUGAUCAUUGGUUUUGGUGUCUCAGCUUCCCUGGAGCUGAGGGAUGUGCAGCUCUCUGAUGCUGGCACCUACCAGUGCUCUGUCACCACAGCCAGAGGGAGUGGACCAGCAGUGCUGCAGUACAGGACAGGAGCCUUCAGCAUCCCCGUGGUGCAGGUGGAGAACAGCAGCCGUGGGACGCUGCAGUGCGAAGCCCCACGCUGGUUCCCUCGCCCUGCCACGCGCUGGACAGCCUACGGUGACACUGGGGAGCACCUGCCCCAUGCUGCCAACACCAGCUACGAGCUGAACCCCAAAAACAUCACUGUGAAGGUGGUUUCCCUCCAGCACAACAUCACUGCCAAUGCCACCUACACCGGCGUGGUUGAAAGCAGCAUUGCCAAGGCUAUGGUCCAUAUCAGAGUGACAGAUUUCAGCACUACAACGGUGACCAACUUGCAGCUGGUGAACCUGAAUGCAGAGUCAAUGUCAUCCUCCUUUCCAGCCUGUCACUGAAUGCUUCUGCUUCCCUUGUACCUGCUGUCAAUAUAAAACAUCUAUAAAGCAAUUGGAAACUCUGCUGGACCUGCAGGUAAGCUUGGAAAGUGAAAAUUAUAUACAUACAAUAUAUUGAGGCCCUCUUAGGGAAUUUGGCUACAGCAGCAGACCUAUCUCAAGUCUGCCAGAAUGGGAGUGUGUGUCUUUCCCCUCUGCUCAUCCUUUCCCCAUCCCCACCUUUAGGUGGGACACAUGGUUUGUUCCUCUCGCAGGCUUCUCCCAUCACUUUCUGCAACCACAGAGAUCCUCCUCUUGCACCAUCAACUGUCAGCUCUUACUUGUCCCCUCAUUUUCUUUCCUGUGCACCCUCUGGACCUGGGCUGCAGUUCAUGGCUGCAAGGCAGCACAGGCUUUUUCCUCUCCCUCCCUGCUCACAAGACCUGCUACAGUACAAGCCUUGCUUGCUUC